UUUUUUCCUGUGUAAUGACGCUCUGGUUUCAUUAAGGCCGACACUAAAUUUGGUGUCUGACUUUGUUUUGUCCCCUGUGAGCAGCUCCAGCGCUGUAAGCAGCAGGACAAGCGGAUCGGAUGACAGGCAGAGCGUCUAUGAUUAGGGCCGCGGUGAGGGAAGGAGGCUGCCACCGUGGAAGGUCAAGGGGGCUUUUUACGCACAGUCCUAGCUGAGCUGUAGUUAAUAUAUUUGUAACGUUGUGGCGAGGUGAAUGAAUCAGUGGCUUUGGUGAGAAUACAGGGGGAAGAAUGAGGUAUGUGCAGCUGAUCUCCGGGGAGUAAAUCGUCUUGGAGUUGGUGUUCAGCAUGGCUCUGGAGAGCGCGGCGCUACUGAAGGCAGGACUUGUGUUGCUGGUGGCAGCCCAAGUCCUUCCAUCAGUGUCAGGCUGCAACGGAGCGUUCUAUGAGAGUAAGAUCAAUGAUUUCUGCCUCGCCAAGUUCAUGUUUGACAUGGGAGGGCUGGAGAGGGGCCUGUGGUGCAGCUGGCCGGACACCAUGGAGAUCUACGAGGGACUGAAAAACUGCACCUUCCAGGUGGCCUUGCGGUUGGACUGCUUCUGGCCAAAUCAGAUAGUCGACCGCUUCUUCAUGAACGUCCAUAGGAUCUACUUCCACGACUGCGCUCUGACCGGCCGGCUCCUCCACGACCCGCCGAUCGGCAUCCUCGCCCCGUUCAUCGCAGUGCCAGUGCUGGUCACCCUGCUCAUGACUGCCCUAGUGGUGUGGAGGAGUAAACGCACAGAGGGUGUUUUAUAGAGACUGGUUUGAAAAUACAUAUCGACUCCUGACAGGCAGAGACUGAGAUAAAACAUUGUUUGGUGAUUUUGUGCUGUGUGUUUAGUAGAUUCGGGCUUGUGUUACUCCCAUCUGAGUCUGAGGACGGUGCAGUGAAACUCUUGCAUGCCUCAUGAGAAACUGGUGCAAUAAUUUGUAAUAAACACUCUGUUUGGUAUAAAAAUAGCCGUUUAUCUGUACAUAACCUCCCCAAUAGGGAGUGAAAAAGUUUGGCAGGGGGAAAGUGACAAAGUGUCUGAGAUUCAGGGGAUUUGGAGGCCAUGCAUGUUAAUUACCAUCUGUUCUCAUGGCCCUAAACAAUCUGUGCACAU